AUCUCCUCUCCUCACUCUCACUCCUCACAACACAAACACACACACACACACACUAAACUCUCUCUCUCUACAGCCAAAGCUUCGAACAAAACAGAGAGCUUUUCUUAACCACCUUGUGAGCACCCAUUAUGAGGUCUCAGGUAUUCAGAUCUGCUUCUCGUGCAGCAAAGUCUCUGCUUUCUUCUUCAAAGCAGACCUUUCAUGUUUUUGCUGAAGGUCGAGCUGCUGCUGGAGCUGCAGCAGUUUCAUUCAGAGGAAAGCUGCCUUCUUUAUUAGCUUCAUAUGGGAGGGAUUCUGGAAAAGUGUCCGGAGGAUGGAUUUCUGGGGCUCUUGCCCUUCCUGCUGCAGCCUACAUGCUUCAGGAGCAGGAGGCACAUGCUGCAGAGAUGGAGCGCACUUUCAUUGCUAUCAAGCCCGAUGGAGUGCAGAGAGGGCUGAUUUCAGAAAUCAUAUCGCGUUUUGAGAGAAAAGGGUUUAAGCUUGUGGCAAUCAAAAUAGUGGUUCCUUCAAAGCAAUUUGCCCAGAAGCAUUAUCAUGAUCUCAAGGAAAGACCCUUCUUCAAUGGCCUCUGCGACUUCCUUAGCUCUGGCCCUGUUAUUGCAAUGGUCUGGGAAGGUGAAGGAGUGAUAAAAUAUGGGAGGAAGCUCAUUGGAGCCACAGACCCACAGAAAUCAGAACCUGGAACCAUUAGAGGUGAUCUAGCUGUUGUUGUUGGCAGAAAUAUCAUCCAUGGAAGUGAUGGCCCUGAGACAGCCAAGGAUGAAAUCAAUUUGUGGUUCAAACCAGAAGAGUUGGUUAACUACACAAGCAAUGCAGAGAAGUGGGUCUAUGGAGUCAACUGAUGAAGUGUUUUUUUUUUUUUUUUGGUUCUUUUUCUUCUCGGCUAGUUAGGUCCCGCAUGAAGAGUGGGGUAGCAACAUGAUUAUCAGAAUAAAGUUAUUUUUGUUUAGUUAAAACUGAUGAUAACAUUGCUACGCUGCCAACUGCUAGCGAAAUAUAUCACCGUAAUAAUCCAUUUGACCUCUUUUAUUUUAUGAUUCUGAUCAAUGCAACUUUUGUGCUUUUUGUUUU